AUGGAUGGCUUGGCAUCUUUGACUUUUCUACUUUCAAUUCCAACAUUUAUGAUAGGUGCUUUCUUUAUUUUGGGUUUUUAUUUGGGGCCUGCGGGUAUUAUUGGCCUUUUAAUAUCCAUAAUUCAUUUUCCUCUUGUGAUUCUACUUGCCAGGUGGGCAGGAAGGUUUAGAGUCAAAGUUGCCCUUUUUGCUGAUUCUCGGAUAAAAAUGAUUACAAAUUUAAUUGAGGGUAUCAGAAUAGUAAAAUUAUAUGGAUGGGAAGAUCCGUAUUUAGACCGUAUUUACUACAAGCGAACACAAGAAAUUAAAGAAGCCCUUCACAAGCUUAAAGUGCAUUCUCUAAACAAAAUGGCAGGCCCUGGAGGAGUAGGAGUAGUUUUAUUAGUGACUUUCAUAAUUUACAUCUACCUUGGAAACACAAUAGAGCCAGGUGUAACAUUUUCUACAGUCACCAUUUUAGUCAUAGGUCAUAGCUUAAUAGCAGAUGUAGGAGCUACUGCAAUUAUACUAAUUUAUAUGCUGACUGUGUCAAUGAAAAGAUUGACUGACUUUCUAAUGAUGAAAAAUAAAGAAUCUAUAGAAUUCAAAGAAAAUUCUAAUUAUGAAGUAUGCUUAGAAAAUGCCAGCUUUACUUGGAGCGAGAUUAAAACGUAUGAUACUGAGAACUUUAUUACCAGCAGAAAUUUUAUUACAACUUCAGAGGAUAAUCUUACUCCCCUUCUGUGAGUGAAACUAUUGGAAAAACACCUAUUUUGCCUAAAAACCCACCCUUCGUGAGAUAAUAAUAAUUUUUUAUGAAAAAAAUUUAUAUACAUAAGUGAUUAUUAAUAUAAUAAAAUCUUAUGCUAGUUCUGUUAAUUUUAAACAGCUUGCAUUUUAAAACAAUAAUUUUACAAAUUAAAUUAUUUUCUUUCGAUUUUUAAGAAUUAGGGAUUUUUUAAAUUUCAAAAAAAAAAUUUCAGAUAUAAAUUUUUUAAAAAAUAAAUUACCCCAUGAAUGAACGAAAUUUUUUUGUUCGCUCACAGAGGGGGUGGGACUUAGCUGCUUGAAUGAAAUAAAUCUAAAAGUCAAAAAAGGAGAAUUAUUGGCUGUUAUUGGACCUGUUGGAUGUGGUAAAACAAGUUUGCUUAUGGGGAUAAUGCAAGAAAUAGCAUUGAGCUCAGGAAAAAUCAGUUUAAAUGGAAAAGUUUCAUACUCUGGAGAAGACCCAUGAAUAACCCCAUCUACUAUCAGAGAUAACAUUUUGAUGGGUCUGGAAUACAACGAAACUUUAUAUAAGUCAGUUAUUCAUGCUUGUGCUUUAGAGCAUGAUAUAGAGAGUUUAGCAUUUGGUGAUAAUACUGUUGUAGGUGACAGAGGAAUUACUUUGAGUGGGGGACAAAAAGCAAGGGUGAGUUUAGCAAGAGCAAUUUACACUAAUAGAGACAUAAUGCUUCUUGACGAUCCUUUAAGCGCAGUCGAUGCAGAAGUAAGCGAGCAUAUUUUUAAGCAUUGUAUCAAAGAAUAUUUAAAAGAAAAAACUGUGAUUCUAGCAACCCAUCAGAUUCAUUAUCUAGCUCAAGCUGAUAAAAUUUUAAUCUUAACCCCUCCUGUAAGCAGACAAAAUAAUUUUGUUUGUUCACAAAUGGUUAUUUUUUUAAAAUAUUAUAUAUAAAUAUUAUAGUUAUAUAUAUAAAAUGCAUGCUAUCAUUGUAAGCCCUAAAUUCAAUAAAUUAGCUAAAUUUCAUUAUAUUAAUUAUCAAUUAUAUCAAAAAAAUAUUUCUCUAAAAAACUUUUAUAUAAACAAUUUUUUUGUGUGGUUUUUACCCAAAAAUAGUAAUUUUUCCAAUGGUUUUAUUUGCUCACAGAGGGAGAAGUUAGAUAAUGGAAAUCAACUAUUUUUUGGAACCUAUAUAGAAUUGCAAGGCAAAGAAGAACUUAAGUAUAUUGUAGGAGAGCUUCUUACUAAAAUUGAUGGAGAUAAAAAUGAAAUAGUUGAAAAAAGAAGAGAUGGGAUUAAGGAAGAAGCUGCAAUAAAAGAUAAAUUGUCGAUAGAAGAAGAAGAAAUUGAGAAUGGCUCGGUUCCAUUGAGCACUUAUUUUAAGUUUUGGCUAUUUGGGUUCAGAACGUGGCUUAUCUUUCCAGUUGUGAUCUCAAUAGUUGUAGCUUCUCAAACCUGUUAUUUAAUGAUAAUGUGAUGGCUGGCAUUGUGGGCAAAAGAGUCAGAAUCAGAACAAAAAGACCCUUUUUAUAUGUGAAUUUAUGCUCUUAUUAUCCUAUCGACUUAUUUAUUGUCUUAUUUAAAGAUUUAUUCACUAGGCUUUGGACUUCUUCUUACUCUCCUCGCCGUCGUUCAAAGAGUGGGCUUAAUUCUUUAUAAAAAUUUAUACAUAAAUUUGAAGUAAUUUUUUUUUCUUCAAAAUUUAAAAUAAUUCCCAAUGGAAAAAUCAACUCAAUUUGUAAAAUAUAUGUUUUAAAAUGCAAGCUGUUUAAAAUUAAACCGAGUUAUCUAGAGAUUUUCGUUAUAUUGUCACUAUAUAUAAAAUAUUUUUCCAUGAAAUUUUACUUAUUGCUUGUUGGAGGGGGUGGCUUUGCACAAAAUAGGGGUGUUCUCGCUCACGGAGGAGGGGAUUAGCGCUAAAAAGCUUCACAAUGCUGCACUUGAAAGUGUGACUAGAACGAUCACAUCAUUUUUUGAUAAAAAUCCGACUGGAAGGAUGAUUAACAGAUUUUCAAAGGAUACACUAAUGAUGGAUGAGCUUCUCGCAAUGCUAUUCAUUGAUUUUCUAUCCCAAUCAACUGCUUUAUUUGGAAAUAUCAUAGUCAUAGCUAUAAUUGCUCCUACAAAUUUAGCAAUUAUUUCUGGAUUUGCUCUUUACCUAUUCAUUUUAGUAAAAAAAGUUGUUCCAGUGUCAAAAGAUCUCCGAAAGCUUGAUUUAAUUAUGAAAAGCCCAAUAUUGUCUCUAUCAAAUUCCUCAGUUAAUGGGCUGACUACAAUUCGGGCAUUAAAUCUUGAACAAAAGUUUAUAAAAGAUAUGGCUGAUGCUGUUUCAUUAAGUCUUCGGUCAUUUAUUAGCUAUACAAUUAUCAGAAGGUUUUAUCAAGGAUAUACCGAAUUAGGGGCCACAAUCCUUAAUAUUCUCAAUGUUGUCAUACUUGUUCUUUACAAAGAUGAUAUAAGUGGAAGCUAUGCAGCCAUGAGUAUAUCGCUUAUUGCAUCUUCUACAAACUUAGUUUCUCAUUGGGGAAAGUCUAUGGUUGAAACAGAAAAUACUAUGGCUUCACCGCAAAGAGUUAUGCAAUACAGAAAGCUUCCAAGAGAAGGAGCAUAUGAACUUGAUCAACGUUUCAGCAUCACCAAAGGAAAGAUUGAAUUCAGUCAUCUCUAUAUGAGAUACAGAGAAAACUUUCCUGACGUAAUCAAAGACUUAAGCUUCAUAAUUGAAGCAGGAUUAAAAGUGGGAAUUAUUGGAAGGACUGGAGCAGGGAAGUCAUCAAUUAUGCAAGUCCUAUUCAGACUGACUGAUCCAUCUCAAGGAACAAUAUUUAUAGAUGGCCAAGACUAUAAGCAGGCAGGAUUUCAUCAAUUAAGAAAACAGAUGUCUGUUAUUCCUCAGUUUCCAACGAUAUUUAUGGCAAGCUUUAAAGAUAACCUUGAUCCUUUCCAUGAGCACACAGAAGAAGAAAUUUUGAGUAUUCUUAAGCAAACUAGGCUGCAAGAUUUAGUGAAUUCAUAUGCAAAAGGGCUUGAUACAAUGCUAGUCGGUGAGGGGGGGAGUUUAUCAGCAGGACAAAAACAACUAGUUUGUUUGGCAAGAGCCCUAAUUAGAAGAAACAAAAUUGUUAUGAUGGAUGAAGCUACUGCGAAUGUUGACCCAGAAACCGACAAAUUCAUUCAGAAGAAGAUUAAAAAGCUGUUUAAAGAAAGCACUUUAUUGAUUGUUGCUCAUCGCUUAAGGACUAUUAUUGACACGGACAAAAUUAUAGUAAUGGACAAAGGAACAUGUAAAGAGAUAGGGACUCCAUACGAACUAGGAAACAAGGAGACUUCUCUUUUCAGAAAAAUGAUUAUGUUUACAGGUGAUCAAGAGUCAGAAUUUCUAUUAACCCCCCUUGCGAGAGCGAACAAAACUAUCAGAAAAAUCCAUUUUUUGUCUAAAAAAACCGUGACGAACAAAAAUUUUUUAUGGAAAAAAAUUUUGAUAUAUAAAUGAUAAUUAUUAUUACGAAAUCUAUGGCUAAUUCUGUUUAAUUUUAAACAAAUCGCAUUUUAAAACAUAAAUUUUACACAAAUUAAAUUAAUAUUUGUUUUCGAAUUUUUGCGAAUUAUCAUUUUUUUAAAAUUUCGAAAAAAAAUUUUCUAUAAAAUUUAUAUAUAAAAAUUUUUUAAAAAAAAAUAAUUAACCCCCUCCAUGAGCAAAAGAUUUUUUUUGUUCGCUCACAAAGGAGGGGAGUAAGUAAAAUUGCAACAAAAGGAAAAUAA